GCCGCGGGACUCCAGAAGCGGUUGAGUUAGCCGCAGUGCCAGCCUGGUGCUUUUAAAGCGGUCCGGUCGGUCGGUCGGUCGGUCCUGGCUGGAAGCACCAUGGAGCGGCCCACGGAGCAAGAAGCCGGGCCGUCAGAUCCGAUCCCGUCCAGUUCGGGAUCGCGUUUGCCGGGAGGUUUCGGCUCUGCAGAAGCCUUGACGGCGCUAGGUGCGAUCGGACGGCGGUUGCUGUGGCUGUUGCCCGUGUAUCUGGCCGGCCGGGCGGGGCUCAGCGUGGGCUUCGUAGUCGCUGGCGUGGCCCUUUACAUGGGCUGGCGGAGCCGGCGACUGAACAAGGAGCGAUCGUUGCAGACUGCCGGAAAGAUCCUGGGCGAGGAAGAGGUGACGGUGAAGAGCGCCGUGGAUCUGGGCCGAAGCCUGGGUCGGAACGAGCUUCCCGCCUGGGUCAGUUUUCCAGAUGUCGAGAAAGCUGAAUGGCUCAAUAAGAUUCUGGCCCAGGCUUGGCCCUUCUUUGGCCAAUAUAUGGAGAAGCUUUUGGUGGAAAAUAUUGCCCCAAGUAUACGCGCUUCCAACACCCAUUUGCAGACCUUCACCUUCAGCAAGAUUGACAUGGGAGAAAAGCCCCUCAAAGUUAUUGGAGUCAAAGUCCACACAGGCAUGAACAAGAAGCAAAUCUUGCUGGACUUAAACAUUAGCUACGUGGGUGAUGUCCAGAUUGACGUGGAAGUAAAGAAGUUUUUCUGCAAGGCAGGAGUGAAAGGCAUGCAGCUACAUGGCAUGUUGCGGGUCAUUCUGGAACCCCUCAUUGGAGACGUCCCAAUCGUAGGAGCUCUUACCCUGUUUUUCAUUCGUCGGCCAGCUCUGGACAUUAAUUGGACAGGAAUGACCAAUCUAUUGGACAUCCCUGGACUGAGCUCGCUGUCUGACACAAUGAUCAUGGACUCCAUUGCCUCUUUCUUGGUUCUCCCCAACCGCUUGCUCAUCCCAUUGAUCCCUGAUCUCCAUGAAGCAGCUGAACUCCGUUGCCCAGUCCCCAGGGGCAUUGUCCGUGUAUAUCUAAUAGAAGCUAAGAACGUGCAGUCCAAGGAUAAGUACAUUAAAGGGAUGAUUGAGGGCAAGUCAGAUCCAUAUGCCGUUGUGAGAGUUGGAACUCAGGUUUUCACCAGCAAAGUCAUUGAUGAAAACCUCAAUCCCAAGUGGAAUGAAAUGUAUGAGUUCAUUGUACACGAGGUGCCAGGGCAGGAACUGGAGGUGGAGCUGUUUGACAAAGACCCCGAUCAGGAUGACUUCUUAGGCAGGAUGAAGCUGGACUUUGGGGAGGUGUUCAGGGCUCGUGUGUUAGAGGAGUGGUUCCCACUACAAGAUGGGGGCCAGGCUCGUGUGCAUUUACGUCUGGAAUGGCAUACACUCAUGUCAGAUGUUUCCAAGUUGGAUCAGGUUCUUCAGUGGAACAAAACUAUCUCCUCAAAGCCAGAUCCUCCGUCAGCAGCCAUCUUGGUGAUAUAUUUAGACAGAGCACAAGACUUACCACUGAAAAAAUCUAGUAAGGAGCCUAAUCCUAUGGUUCAGCUAUCAAUUCAGGAUGUCACAAGGGAGAGCCGGGUUGUCUAUAACACUGUCUCCCCUGUCUGGGAUGAUGCCUUCCGCUUUUUCCUGCAAGACCCGAAUGUUGAGGACAUUGAUAUACAGGUCAAGGAUGACAACCGUCAGACCACUCUGGGCUCCAUCACAAUCCACUUGUCCCGCCUUUUAAGUGCUGAUAAUCUGACCCUGGACCAGUGGUUCCAGCUGGAAAAUUCUGGACCCAACAGCCGUAUCUACAUGAAACUCAUUAUGCGGGUAUUAUAUCUGGAUACCCCUGAAGUCUGUUUCAAUACCAGACCACGCCCCCCAGGAAAUCUGAAUGUCACAGAGAGUCCCCAUCUUGGUAGCAGUGUCGAUAUGCCUUCUCGUCCCACCAAGGCCAGUCCAGAUGCUACUUUUGGCACUGAGAGUGUAAUUCGCAUUCACGUGCUGGAAGCGGAGAACCUAAUCGCCAAGGAUAAUUUCAUGGGUGGGAUGAUUAAGGGCAAGUCAGACCCUUAUGUCAAGGUGCGCUUAGGAGGCCAGAAGUUUCGCACCAGAGUCAUCAAGGAAGAUCUCAACCCUCGCUGGAGCGAGAUCUAUGAGGUCAUUGUGAGUAACAUCCCAGGACAGGAAGUAGAGUUUGACUUGUACGAUAAAGAUGUCGACAAAGAUGAUUUCCUGGGGAGGUGCAAGAUCCCCCUGAAGCGUGUGCUAAGCAGCAAGUUUUUGGAUGAGUGGCUCCCCCUAGAAGACGUGAAAUCAGGACGCCUCCACGUGAAACUGGAGUGCCUGCCUCCUAUACCCAGUGCCGCAGACCUGGAGCAGGUUCUGAGAGUAAACAGCUUGAUCCAGACCCCAAAGAGUGAAGAACUAUCAUCUGCUGUCCUCUCUGUCUUCCUUGACAGAGCAACUGAAUUGCCACUCCGGAAGGGAUCGAAGCCACCCAGUCCUUAUGUCAGCCUGUCUGUCCGUGGUAUCUCCUAUAAGACGAAGGUCUGCCCUCAGACAGCAGAGCCUGUGUGGGAUGAAGCGUUCUCCUUCCUUAUCAAGAGGCCCCACGCAGAAUCUUUAGAGUUGCAGUCAAGGAUGACUUGCAAAUCUUGUUUGCAUUAA